AUGCUCGCCUGGCACUCUGAUCGGCCGCCGCCGCGGCUGCACCACACCGUCACGGAGGAUGAGUCCGGCGCGCGGCUCACCCGCGUCGGUGGAUCGCGGUUCGCGCCACUCGGGACAAAGUCUCAGGCCGAGCACGCCGUCAGGCGGGGAGACCUCCUCGUCAACGGGCUGGCGGUGGAGAAGUCGCGGCGGGUGCAGCAGGGCGACGUGCUGCAGCUGCAGCCGCCCGCCGCCGCGAGGCCGUCAGAAAAGCGGCUGCACGCGCGGGCCCGCUUUGUCGAGCACCUGCGCUCCCAGGGCCUGCGGGUGCUCCACGAGGAUGAGGCCGUCGCGGUCGUCUUCAAGCCGCCGGGCAUCCACACCAAGGCGGGCAGCAACGCGAAGUUCGCUGCGCUCGAGGACGCCCUGACGGCGGAGCUGUCCCCUCCGCCGCGCGACGCUCCCGACGCGCUGCCGCUGCCGCUGGCCCUGCACCGGCUCGACGUGCCCGUCUCCGGCCUCUGCCUGGUUGCGAAAACGAGGAGCGCCGCCGUCGAGCUCGGCCGACAGUUCGCCGCCCGCGAGGUGGCGAAGGUGUACCACGCGCUGCUGGUCGGCCGCCCGCCCGUCGACCAGGCCUGUGGCGGCCGCCUCGAGAUCCGCGCGCCGCUGCAGGGCCAGCCUGCGGCGUCGACCCUCGAGGUGCUCUCUGUGACGCCGCACGCGCAGUGGGGCCACCUCUCGUGGGUCCGCAUGUCGCCGCUCACGGGGCGAACCCACCAGCUACGCCUGCACGCCGCCGGCCUGGGCUGCCCGAUCGUCGGCGACGACUUGUACUGGGGACACGCUGCGGCGGCGCGCCGCUCGCGAGGGGGGGCGGAGGCGCUGCCGCCGGUCCGGGCCAGCGGCGGCCUCUUCCUGCAGUCGUGCGGCGUCGCCUUUGCGCACCCGGACCCGCAGAGAGGCCUCGUGCAGGUGAUGGUGGGGGAGGCGCCCAAGUUUGGUGCCUUGCGGGCGAGAGCGAGGAGCGGGGCGCAGUACCAUGGGUUGUAUGGGCGCACACUUGAAGCACGAGUGCGGCCGGUAGCUUAG